AGAAGUGUCAUUAGAAAUCUUAAACUCUCUGUGUGUGUAUCUAAAAUGGCUCUAACAGAAGCAGAAGCCAAGGACCUGCGCACUAGUUCCGAACUAUAUGAAGCUUUGAUAAAUGGGGAAGAUGAUAAAGUUAUAGAGACAUGUCUAGGGAUUCCAGAAGGUCCUUUGCAUACACCAACAAUACAUGAAGACACCGUCCUUGCUCUGGCUACGAACCUGAAGAAAAACGACCUUGUGUUAGAGCUCCUUGAUAUGGUGCCUAUGCAUGAAUCUCACAAACUCACUUGCCAAAACAUAGGUGGAAAUACAAUCCUUCACGAGGCUAGCUAUAAUAACAAGACAGUUGAGGCGGCUACAGUGAUGCUAGCCAGGGCUCCUAUGCUGCUUGGCAUGACCAACAGGCUUGGAGAAACUGCUUUAUUCACUGCAGCUGCAAGUGGCAAGACCGAAAUCUUCAAGUUACUUCAUCGGGAAGUCUGUAGAACAAUACACGGUCCGGCUUUGAAAAGCUUUCUUCAAAGGGACCAUGAUAAAUCUACCAUACUCCACAAAGCAAUUCUCAGUAGAAACUACUGGCUAGCGCAUGAGAUAGCAGUGAAGCACCCGCAUUUAAUAAAUGAGAACGACGUUGAUGAGAUGACACCUCUUCAACUUCUUUCUUGCAGCCCCCCGGUGUUUGGUCCGAAAAGUUUCCUCAUGCGCAUGAUAUACAAGCUAAUUGAUGCUGAUAUUGAAGAUGCCAACACAAUGUUUCCCUGGUUAAGGAAGAUAAAAAAAGAAAAGUAUCAAUGUGAGUGGGCAAUGAAGCUUGUUAAGGUGUUGGUGAAAGCUGACACGUCAUGGCGAAUGACUGAAUCAUAUAUAAAGAAAGGUAGAUCUAAGGUUCACUUAUAUGGUAAGAGUCAAUCCAUUGAUAUAGCUGAACAGGACUUAAAGCCCCUCACUCCAUUGUUAUUAGCAACCAUAAACGGUUGCAUAGAGAUUGUUGAGGAAAUCCUUAGAGUUUAUCCUCAGGCAAUUGAUCAUAUUGAUCAUGAUGGGCGCAACAUUUUAAGUUUGGCUAUCUUGCAUCGGCGUAUUGAGAUUAUUGAUCUUGUGGACAAGUUGAAGACUCAAAAGCUGAGAGUGAGAAGAAAGAUUGAUAAUUAUGGAAACACAUUGCUCCAUUUAGUUGCUGAAAGAGAAGAUGAAGUUACUGAGGAUCUUAAAGGUCCUGCUCUUGUACUACAAGAGGAUACGCUUCUUUUUAAGAGAAUAAAAGAGAUGUGCAAACCUGUUGACGCCAUGAAGUUGAACUCCAAAGGGAAGACUGCAGAACAAUUAUUUUUCGACAAUAAUAAUAAACUUCGCUCGGAUGCUAAAGAAUGGAUGAGUGAGAAUGCAAAAAACUGCUCCAUUGUUGCUGUGCUCAUAGCUACCGUUGCCUUUGCUGCAGCAUACACUGUGCCAGGAGGUCCAGAUUCAAAAACGGGUUACCCAGUUCUCAAAAACAAACCUUUGUUUCUCAUAUUUACCAUAGCUGAUGCAAUCUCACUCUCCUCAAGUUUAACUUCAGUUAUCAUAUUCCUCAAUAUUGUCACAUCAUCGUUCCGGUUUAAGGAUUUCGAGACAUCUAUGUUUCAAAAGUUACAUUUAGGACUCACCUUGUUGAUUGUAGCGGUGACAAUGAUGAUGGUGGCGUUUGCUGCAACACUUAUACUAACCAUCAGUAGCGGGAGGAAAUGGACCGACAUCACUUUGUACACUGUUUCAUUCUUCCCUGUGCUCAUUUUUGUGUUCACAUAUAUUCGAUUUUACAAGCAACUUGGUGGAGCUAUUUACCGGGCAUUCAAGCAGAUGAUAGAUGAAGCACUCGAGCAUUACCGUAGUCCCAAACCUAUAGUAUGGCAGUAUAAUCGUCAUUCUAGACAUCAAACCGUUGAUGGUUCUCGGAUCCUUGUUUAGUUGGUAUUUGGUAACUCGCCUAUAGGUACUAUUUAUUAUUGUGUGAUCUACAUGUUGCCCAGAAUCUUCUUAACGAACAAUGAAUAUCACAAUGAACGAAAUAAACACAAACUAACCUUUAUUUCUGAAUGAAUACAAAUCUUGAAUGUAUUUACAAGUGAAUGAAUAAGAGAGUGUAAGUUACAAAUGAAUCAAUCUAUUCUAUUUAU